CAUUCAAUCAAAACAAAAUAUUGAGGUUACUUUUUCGAUUAAAUAAUAUUUUAUUUUGAAUCUAGAUUACAUGAGUUAUUCUCAAAUUUAGAUUAAAUAUAAGUAUUUAUAGGAUUAGCUAAUAUUUUAGGAUUAACGAUACAAUGGCAACUAAUUACGCUAAAUAUGCUCAAUUAAUAAAUGCCUCCACAAAUUAUGCACGGCGCAUGAAGAGACUUUCAAACAGAAUCUUCGGCGAAGUGGCGAUACCCACCAACUCGAAAUCAAUGAAGGUGGUGAAGAUGUUCAGCGAGAGGCCACUGCAUACCAACGAGGAAAUCAUUCAUUACUAUCCGAAGCACGUAGAGACCCACACUCUCAUGUUAAAACUGCGAGACUACGGUUUGUUCCGCGACGAGCACCAGGACUUCAAAGAUGAAAUGAAGAGGCUCCGGGAGUUGCGAGGAAAAGUUAAAGUGUGGAAACGCAAGUUGGAAGAGAAGAAGGACUAAAUAGAUGUUAAUA